UUGGACACAAGACACAUCUCUGCACAUACGCAGCUGACGUUUAUCUGCAUUUAGUCAUUUUUAUCCAUCGAAUUUGUCCACGUUUUCGAAAGUGUUUUUUGGUGCAAUUGGCGAUAAAGGAACAAAACGUAAACAAAAUGACUUCGUUAACUCCUGAACAGAAAAAGGAAUUGAUUACCCGUAAUCUCCAAGAAACUUUAGGUGAAGAUAAACUCAAUGCUAUCCUGAAGGAGCGCGAUUUGAAAAUAUAUUGGGGUACUGCCACCACCGGUAAACCUCAUGUGGCCUAUUUCGUGCCUAUGUCGAAAAUUGCUGACUUGAAAGCAGGAUGUGAGGGUCACCAUUCUUUUGCCGAUCUUCAUGCCUAUUUGGAUAACAUGAAAGCACCAUGGACUCUUUUGCAAUUACGUACCCAAUAUUAUGAAGCUGUCAUCAAGGCUAUGUUAUCAUCGAUUGGUGUUCCUCUAGAUAAAUUAAAAUUCGUUAAGGGUACCGACUAUCAAUUGUCCAAGGAAUAUACCCUCGAUGUUUACAAACUAAGUUCGGUGGUUACACAACACGAUGCCAAAAAAGCUGGUGCUGAAGUAGUCAAACAAGUUGAAUAUCCCCUGUUAUCCGUGCUGUAUCCCGGUCUACAAGCCUUGGAUGAAGAAUACCUUAAGGUAGAUGCUCAAUUCGGUGGUGUUGAUCAGAGAAAAAUCUUCACUUUCUCCGAGAAAUAUUUGCCUCAAUUGGGCUAUGAGAAACGUAUACAUUUCAUGAACCCUAUGGUGCCUGGUUUGGCUGGUGGUAAAAUGUUCUCGGAAGAAGACUCAAAAAUAGAUCUUUUGGAUUCACCCGCUAAUGUUAAGAAGAAGUUGAAGGCUUUCUGUGAACCCGGCAAUAUUGCCGACAAUGGUUUGCUGUCCUUUGUUAAGCGUUUAUUCUCCUUGUUCAAAGAGGGUGAAGGUUUUGAAAUUAAUCGUGCCCCUGAAAAUGGUGGUGAUGUUACUUUCAUAACUUUUGCUGAUUUGGAACAAUAUUUCGCUGAUCAAAAGUUACAUCCUGCUGAUCUUAAAGCUACCGUAGAGAAAUACAUCAACAGAUUGCUGGAUCCUAUUAGAAAAACUUUCGAAACACCAGAAUUACAGUAAAAACUUAGUGCUGCUGCUUAUCCACCACCAGCUAAAACUAAGGGUGGUAAUGCCGCCAAUGCUGCCGCCCCUGAGGAAGAUGGUCCCCAUCUGGAUAUACGUGUUGGCAAGGUGCUUGAAGUACAACGUCAUCCUGAUGCUGAUACUUUGUAUGUUUUAAAGAUUGAUUUGGCCGAAGAGCAACCACGCACUAUUAUCAGUGGUUUGGUUAAAUUUGUUACCGUCGAAGAGCUAGAUCAACGUUUGGUAGCGGUUUUGUGCAAUCUCAAACCCUCUAAAAUGCGUGGUAUUCUAUCCGAGGGCAUGGUUUUAUGCACUUCCAAUGAGGAUCAUACUGUGGUUGAACCCAUUAUUGUUCCUGCCAAUGCAGCUCCCGGCAGCCGUUUGGCCUUUGAAGGCUACAGUGGCCAACCCGAUGAGCAAUUGAAUCAAAAGAAAGUUUGGGAAAAACUUUCAGUUGAUUUCAAGACAAAUGCUGAUGGUGUUGCUGUUUGGAAAGAUAACUUCCUUUUAACUCCUGAUGGCGAAAAACUUUCCAGCAAAUUAGCCAAUUGUUGUAUUAAAUAGAUGAUUUCUACUAAAGCGAUAUUAUGAACAAAGGCAUUUAGUUUAUUUACCACACAUUCUUUUAUUUAUUUAAAACGCCUUCUUAGUAACACAUUUUGAUAUUUGUUUUUUUAGUUUUUAUUUUUUUUUAAGAAAAAAAGGCUUAAAGUUUUUAACACAAUAAACAGAUAUAACUGCCUUAA